AUGGUGGACAUCAAUGCAUCGAUGGAUUGGCUUGAAACCCUCUGCAACGGAACGACAAGACUUUCAACGCCAAACCCUCACAACUUGAUCUCGGCGGGCAUCAUACUUCCACCCUAUCUUUCAUACGAUACGUUUAAAGACGAUGCGGCUAUCGUUGCUGCAACCUUGUACUGCUGGGAGUAUCUCAUGACUCUUCCGUCCGAGGUGCAGAUUUACUUGUUCAUCCCAUGGCGUUCACCGUAUUUGAUAUGCUUCGUCCUUAUGCGCUAUACGACGCUGCUUGCGAUCAGUCUUGGACUCAAAGCUACCUGGCAUCGACAGGAGGGUGAAUGCCUUCCGUUUCUCGAGAUUUGCACGCUGCUCGUCCAGUUUUCCGUCUCGACUGCACUUGGCUGGCGCACGGUAGCCAUAUGGCACAAAGAUCCACGCAUUAUUGUCAUCAUCUUUCUGCUCUUGACCACACUCAUGGUUUUUUCGGCGCUGCUGAUCCUCAGCUUCAAGCCCCAGAGGCUUUGGAACGGUACCUGCGUACUCGUCGAAGAUGGAAACUACGCCUUUUUCUCGCUGGCCUGGUUUUAUGCAGGGACAGUGGUAUACGAUACGAUUGUCAUCGUACUGAGCACGUGCUGCCUCUGGCGACGUCAUACCAGUGAAGAGGUCCCUGAUUGCGUCAGAGGUGACGACGCGAAUGCAGCCAACAGCAGCAACAACGACGAAGCCUACCGUAUACGCCCACAGCGAAACCGAAUCAGACUGCUCUUGUUCCGGAUGACAUCCAACGGCGUGCUCUAUCUCGGCAUAUCGACCGUGUUCAACAUUGUAUGCUGCAUAGUAGUGUAUCAUAACCAAGAGCAUGCGCAAGACUUGCUGAUCCUGUAUUCGUCGGUCAUGUGGAUCGUCUGUCAACGGCUGGUGCUUUUGGAGAUCAAAGAAACGUGGAGGGGCCGACUGGCGAGCGACGAGUGGAAGGAUACAGAGAAAGACGAGACGGACAAGCUGAUUGCGCGCAUCUUGCAGACGUCGUGGUCUGCAAAAGCGCCACCCUCGAUGACUGGCAAGGCAUAUCUAGCAGGUGCCGAAGACAAGGCUCAAGAGCUCGUGCUUAGCUUGUCGGUUGACAGCUGCCUGAAAUCUGCGCCGGUACCGGGAUGCACUGGCUGCGCAUCACUCGCCAGAACAGCACGUAUCUCGUCGUCGUUCUCGCCCUCGCCCUCACGUAGGGAUCUGAUGGAUGCAGAACUGAGCACGUCGAGUGUCCAGCAGCUUCAUGACUUUCGACUGCCAUCACCCGUGACCACUUUUGAUCAACCUGGCAUAGGAUCAAGUUUAGGCUCACAUCGGACAGAUGUGUUCGAUGCAAGUACUUGCGAGAGCGCCUUGAUACCUCGUAACGAACAUCACGCCGGAGACGACCAGGGAGAAAGCGGUGUCAAGCGGAGACUGGGUGCGCUUCGGCAGACAAACAGUCCCAGCAAACUGCUAGCAGGAUUUGCGAAAUCGACACGUAGUGAAGCCGUCUCGGAUACUGCGCUAGCACCAGCAACGACAGCAACAACAUCAUCAACAACAACAGGAGCAGCAGCAACAAGAACAACAAUAACCACUCCCGCCGCCGCCGCAGCAAGAGGAGACUCGACCGACCAUCCUCUGAAAACUUGGUCGCCCUUGCACGGAGCGCGCGACUCGACCUCGUUGCGUCUGCAAUGUCGAUCACCGGCGCACGAUCGAGCAUGGACAUCAACCUCGAGUGUACCAGCUGCGCCGAUUGCGAGCUCGUACGGCUGCUCGUACGGCUAUCGGUGCCAGACUGCAUUCAAGCACGACAGGGCUGCCGACACUGGAGCAUCAACCAUAAAGCAAAGUCGCGCGCGCGACACGCUGUCCGCGCUGGAAGUCGCAGAUAUGCUGGCCAACAUGUCAGACGACGACAAGAUGACCGCGCUCGAACUCGCCGGUAUGCAAGGUGUAUUGCCAAGCCACGGUGUGUCUUGCGAUCCGCCGACUCGCGCUGAGCGAAAAAGACCCACAUGGAUCAUCCACCCGCCUCUGUAG